AGCAGCAAGUCUGUCGUAAGUGGUUGAGGAGACACACAAAACGAGUGUGAAAGUUCUGCUAUCUGUGUGGAGUGCCCUUCUGACCUUGAAGCUCAAGGCACCAACUCAGUCGCAAAACUUAAGCUGACCCAGAGCAGGCCAUGUGAGGUGACCCCAUGUGGAGACAGAGCGUGAGGCACCACACACCGUCUGUCCAUUGCAUUGUAUCGUCCACCCCUUCCAUCUCCUACCACACAGCCUAGGCAGAAAGGGGGCUGGUAGGGCUCCCAGAGGCUCGGACCUUCUCCUCAGAUGGGUGGCAGUUUCUCCACAAUGUGGCAGCUUGCAAGCCUCUUACUGUUCCUGACCACCUGGGGUGCUUCCAGCACACCAGCUCCUCCAGACUCGGUGUUCGUCAACAGUGACAGUGCCCACCAGGUACUCCGGAUCCGCAAGCGUGCCAACACCUUCCUGGAGGAGCUCCGGGCCAGCAGCCUCGAGAGGGAGUGCAUGGAGGAGAUCUGUGAUUUUGAGGAAGCCCGGGAGGUUUUCCAAAGCGUGGAUGAAACACUCACCUUCUGGUCCAAGUACCAUGACGAGGACCAGUGCUCCACACCGCCCACGGAGCACCCCUGUGACAGCCCCUGCUGCGGCCAUGGCAGGUGCAUCGACGGUCUCGGCCACUUCCACUGCGAGUGUAGCCAGGGCUGGGAGGGGCACUUCUGCCUGCACGAGGUGAGCUUCUGGAACUGCUCGGUGGACAAUGGGGGGUGCACACACUUCUGCCUGGAGGAGCAGGGCCGGCGUCGCUGCAGCUGUGCACCUGGCUACCAGCUGGCAGACAACGACAGGGACUGCCUGCCCACAGUGAAGUUCCCUUGUGGGAGGCCAAAGAAGCACACAGAGAAGCGGCGCAAGAAUUUGAAGCGUGACACAGACCAAGCUGGCACGCUGAACACAGACCCGGCUGAGAAAAGUGCCACAGACCUGACUGAGAAAAAUGCCACAGAGAAAAAUGUCAUAAAGAAAAAUGCUACAGAUCCAGCUGAGAAAAAUGGCACAGACCUGGCUGAGAAAAAUGGCACAGACCUGGCUGAGAAAAAUGCCACAGAGAAAAAUGGCACAGACCUGGCUGAGAAAAAUGCCACAGAGAAAAAUGGCACAGACCUGGCUGAGAAAAAUGCCACAGAGAAAAAUGGCACAGACCUGGCUGAGAAAAAUGCCACAGAGAAAAAUGGCACAGACCUGGCUGAGAAAAAUGCCACAGAGAAAAAUGGCACAGACCUGGCUGAGAAAAAUGCCACAGAGAAAAAUGUCAUAGAGAAAUAUGCUACAGAUCCAGCUGAGAAAAAUUCCACAGACCUGGCUGAGAAAAAUGACACAGCAUCUGCUCAGAACCAAACUGGUCAAAUAGAUCCCAGGCUUGUGAUGGGGUCAUUGACCAGAUGGGGUGAUAGCCCCUGGCAGGCAAUCCUGCUGGACUCUAAGAAGAAGCUGGCCUGUGGGGGCGUUCUCAUCCACCCGUCCUGGGUGUUGACAGCUGCCCACUGCCUGGAGGACAACAAGAAACUCAUCGUCAGGCUUGGGGAGUAUGACCUGCGGCGCUGGGAGAAUUCAGAGCUGGAGCUGGGCAUCAAGGCCGUCUUCACCCACCCCAACUACAGCAAGAGCACCUCAGACAAUGACAUUGCACUGCUCCACCUGGUGCGGCCCGCCACACUCUCACACACCAUCGUGCCUAUCUGCCUUCCGGACAUGGGCCUGUCAGAGCGUCAGCUCACCCAGGUGGGCCAGGACACAGUGGUAACGGGCUGGGGCUACCGCAGCGAGACCAGGAGGAACCGCACCUUCGUCCUCAGCUUCAUCAAGGUGCCCCUGGUGUCGCAUGGCGAGUGCAUCCGGGUCAUGCACAACAGGGUGUCACAGAACAUGUUGUGUGCUGGCAUUCUCGGGGACCCGCGGGACGCCUGUGAGGGGGAUAGCGGGGGCCCCAUGGUCGCCGCCUUCCAUGACACCUGGUUUCUGGUGGGCCUGGUGAGCUGGGGUGAGGGCUGUGGCCGCCUCCACAACUAUGGCAUCUACACCAAAGUCAGCCGCUACCUUGACUGGAUCCACAGGCACAUAAGGGAGGAGGAGGAGAACCAGGCACCCUAGAGGUCCUUGUGCUGGACACGGGCCCCAGAAACCCCACUUUUGGAAUGGGGCUUGGGCUGUUGACUGGCCACGUGGGGGGAGGGCAUUCCCAGGUGCCCGUGUUUUCUCUUUCCUAACAAUAAAAGUAGCAUCUGUACUUAAGCCAGAAAGCUACCAACAGCACAUACAUUGUGAACAUUCAAUAAAGGUUAAUAGUUGCAGUCA